UUGUUCCCAGCGGCAUUUUGGGUGCUGUGUUGUGCGGCGGCGCUGAGUGCCACCUCCGCCAUCUCAAUCAAAUUGAGACAAAAUCCGGAGACUCUCUGCAUCGGCCAGGAGAACUUCCUGCGAAUCGCCAGGGUCGACAGCUGUCAUGAAUACUACCAAUGCUAUGCUGGUCGAUCAUACCUCAUGCAAUGUCCCACCGACACCUGGUUCAAUGAAGAGGAACAGGUUUGUGACCGAUCAGAGCCUCCAGCCAACUGCCGCACUGACAACGAGUCUGAACCAGAGCCUGAACUCGAAACAGAAACGGAAACUGAAGCUGCACCAGAGCAGGACCCAGAAUCUGAAUCCGAACCUGAAUCAGAAAAUGAGCCGGAACUGGAACCGUUGCCUGAAGACCUUGAAGCGACAACAGAAUCACUGGAAGAAGAAGGAGAAGAAGAAGAAGAAGAUACUUCUGAAGGAAACAUUGAAUCUGGAGACGAAGACGAAGACGAAGUCCGCAAUAAUUUUGGACAAACUCACGAAAACGAUAAUGACCACGGCAAUGAAAACAAUAGUGACCAUAAUAAUGAGCAUGAUUUAGAAAACGAAGAUCUCGAAGCACUGCAAGAUAAUGAUGAAGAGGGAUCAGGAGAAGAUUUUAACGUGAUUCAAGAUGCCGAACUCACGAAGUUUAUAAGAGCUUACAGACUAUUCAAACUCCAGGAAGUAAGUGAUUCGGAAGAAGCCCAAGAACUUGAAGAACCUGAAAAGUAUGAAUAUCGCUCUCCACAACUAUCCCAUGGUUUUUACCCGCAUUUAUAUAUUUCUCCUGGAAACUAUCAUAAUAAAAAGCUGAGUGAAAUGCAAAAAGAAGGAGUGGUUAAAAUGAUGGAGGAAGAAAGAAGAGAAAUAAUAAAACACGAAAAUAAUGGAGACGAAAAGGUGGACGAUGAAGAUAAACUGAUGAAUGAGGAAGAAGAUGAAAUGGAUGAAAGCGAACAAAACGAAAAUAAAAGUGAAGAAAUAGUUGACGAAGAAGAUAAAUUAAGACAAGUAGAACAUGAAGAAAAUAAAGAAUUAGAUCGUGAUGAUGAUGAUGAUGAUGACGAUGAUGACGAUGACGGUGACCAUCAUCAUCAUAAUGAAUUAGAAAAUAUAUUAAAACAAAGUCAAGUAAGACGAUCACGCAGAUCUAUUAACCGACAAAAUGAAGACGGUGAUGAUGACAAAAACGACGCCGACGAAGAUGAGAUGGAGAAUAAAGACGAUAAUGAUGAAAACGAUAUUGAAGAAGAAAAUGAAGACGGAAACGAAGAUGAAAACGGUGAACUAAGAAAAAGAAAACAAAAUUCACAGUUAAGACAAAAUGAAGAAGAAAAUGACGACGAGGAAGAUGGUAAUGAGAAAGAUGAUAAAGAAGAGGAUGAAGAUGAAGAAACGGGAAACUCAGAAGAUUUAUCUCAGGAGGAAAUGGUAGAAAUUGAUGCAGAUGAAAAUAUCCAAAAUAUAAGAUGGUUCCGUCGCUUUAUUUUCAAACAAGAUAAUGAUGAAAAGAACACUGAAGAAGAAACCAGCGAAGAAUCUAGUAGUAGCAGUAGCGAAGAAGAGGAUUCUGAUAACGAUGAAAAACAAGAUACAGAGCAAGAAGUUAAUGAAGAUGAAGAUGAAGAAAAUGUCGAGGACUUAAAAGACGAAGUAGAGACAGAAAAUAGAGCUAAACUGUUCUUCAGACGACUUUUUAGAGCUUUGGUCUAA